AUGAGGGAAGCCUCCGUGGAUUUCAUCCGAAGCCUAGUUGGAUGUCAUGUGUUAUCUGAAUCAGACAUACAAAUUGCCCUGACUGCAGCUGGAGCAGACGAGACGCUACCGGAUGGGAACAGAAAACUAGCCCAGCUAGGAUCCGGAGUCACCGGAUUUUUGAUCGAUUUCAGCGGUGCUACGAUGACAUUGUCACGAGAUUUCACAUCAAAGCUUAAAUUCCGCGUCAAUGGAACCAAUCACCGCGCAGAUGUAGCGAAGCGUACUGGCAUCGACCGGUACCUGAGGAUGGAUUCUCGGCCAGGUGGGAAUUCUUCCGGUGUCUUAGCCCUGGCGACAAGUGCCAUUAUCGGAGCUGUAUAUAUUCAAACAAAAAGCUUGGAAUCCGUGGUCAAGGCAUUGUAUGCGCUUCGAAUUCUGGAUGAGCGCCUUGACGAACUGAAUUUGAUGGAAUUAUUUGAAAAUGAAACUAGCAACACCCCGUCUCGACUUUCCGCGGAUGAAAGGAGCCCUCAGACCGAAGACAUCGAUUCAUUGAUUCGAGACACGACCCCAUUCCUAGAGUUUUCGACUCCCUCAGAAAUAGGGGACCUGUCCAUCUUUGAGACCUGCUACAACGAAAAUGGGGAACUCAAAAGAAACGGACUCCACACCAUGGACCGAAUCUCGGAGUCCCCUCGGACUGGAGAUUUGGGUCAGCCCAUUGGGAGGAGACAGAUGCAGAGCAUUGCUUCGCUUUCGGCCCACGGAGUAAUUCGGACCGGGACUCUGCAUGAUAUUGAGCUAUCACCCCAACAUAACAGCCGACGCAUGCUUACUCCCGGACUAGACGUGCUUCUCACGCCCAAUGAAGUAUUGUACCAAUCGGAUGGUUUCUCGGACUGGGUGUCGAGCCAACAGUCCUCAAGCCAGGGCUCGACAAGCAAGCGAAAAUAUGUUGGCGGCAUGGAUUUACAACGAAGCAAAAAAGGGUGUUUUGAUCGCGAAUUCAUAUCAACACUGUUCCAAGAAGCUGAAAUGGCUAGGGCUUUUGGCCUGUUGUCCCCGCAAGACACUUAUUUUAGGCCCAUUAUCGAGACCAAGCUGUUGGAUUUCGGGCCGGAACUGUUUCCAGGUCUCUGUAUAUUUCUGCUUCAGAUAGGCAGUGCACGGUCAUUUGUUACCCUUCGGGCAGCUCUCAAAUCAUCAAGAGAGACGAGAGACCAUCUGCACAGCGCCCAGACCAGAAAAUGGCUAUCACGUGAUCUCACCAUUCAAGAGCGCUUUGAAGUCAUUGGUGAAAUCCAGGAGAAUGCGGCCUACCUCCAAAUUUUGCGAUACAACCACAUCUUGAAUAUAUAUCGACAAAGUGGGGAGACGGCUGGAAACAACUCAAACUUCACUAUUAUAGCAGCGUCACAUGAUGCGCUUGUUAGCCACCCAAGGCCAAGAGGCAACCCGAGGAAGAUCGCAGUGGCUGAGGCAGUCGACAAAAUGACAAAAAAAAUAUUCCCAGAGCUGGAAAGCGGCUCCGCUAUUUACAAAAGGAAACGUCGAACUGUUUUGGAGUUUCGAAAAUUCGGACAACGUCUACACAUUUUAGCCCAAAGGUUUGGGGAUGCUGUUCUUAGCCUAGUCCACUUCGAUCGGCUAGGUGACGCAGUCAGCCCUGUGAUUAGCGAGAAAAUGUAA